ACAGAAUAACGUCCAUGUUUUGCUCCGGAUCGUCCCACUCUUCCACGGGAAAGGCAAUGGCUGCAGCGGAGUUAGCUGAGGGGCAACUUUAUUGUUGACUUCCAGUCUUCUGGAGUUUCCGCAGUGUUCCAAGAGCUAUUGAAAAGCAGCAUUAAUGGUCCAGAGAGCUCCUCAACCUCCUCAGCCUGCUUUUUUAAAACUCUUGAAUGGAAGAUAUCUGGAACUGCUGAUUUUAAAAAUGUCUGACGGGCCGGUGACCUUCGAGGAGGUGGCUCUGUAUUUCACCGAGUCAGAGUGGGCUCUGCUGGACCCCGCUCAGAGAGCCCUCUACAGAGAUGUCAUGCAGGAGAACUAUGAGAAUGUGACCUUGCUAGGGUUUCCAGUUUCUAAACCUCAUGUGAUCUCCUGGCUGGAACGAGGGGAGGAACCAUGGGUCCCAGACCUCCAGGACUCUGAGGAAAGAGAGACCCUGAGAGAUGCCCGCACAGCAGAUGAUGGGAUGGUGAAUGAGGAGGAGAAUCCUCAACGAGACAAUGCUGAGCAAGUAGAAGCACAUGGGACAUUCUCAGAAAGAUCCAAAGGGAAUGUUUCCUGGAGUUGUGCACAGGCAAACGGCUGUGAGAGUCAGCACAGACCAGGGGAAAAGUUCAGUAGAGGCUCAGACCUUAUUAGACAUGAGAGAAUCAACACAGGAGAAACACCGUACAUCUGCCUGGAGUGUGGGAAAACCUUCAAACAUAACAAUGUCUUUAUCAUACAUCAGAGAAUCCACACUGGAGAGAGACCAUACACAUGCCCCGAGUGUGGGAAAAGCUUCAGUCGCAGCUCAAACCUUACCAGACAUCACAGAAUCCACACAGGGGAGAAACCCCACAUUUGUCUUGAGUGUGGGAAAAGCUUCGGUCGGAGCUCAGAGCUUACGUUACAUAGGAGAAUCCACACAGGAGAAAGACCCUACACUUGCUGUGAGUGUGGGAAAAGCUUCAUUCGGAGCUCAGAGCUUAAUAAGCACCAGAGAAUCCACACUGGACAGAGACCCUUCAGAUGUACUGAGUGCGGGAAAGGCUUCAAUAAUAGGUCUCAGCUUGUCACACAUCGGCGAAAGCACACAGGAGAGAGACCCUACUCAUGCCUUGAGUGUGGGAAAGGCUUCACUUGUAGCUCACAUCUUGUCUCGCAUCAGCGAAUCCACACAGGAGAGAAACCCUAUUCAUGCCCCGAGUGCGGGAAAAGCUUCAUUUCUAACUCACAGGUGGUCUCACAUCGGAAAAUCCACACAGGAGAGAGAUCCUAUUCAUGCCCUGAGUGUGGGAAAAGCUUCAGUCAUAGUUCACAGCUUAUCACACAUAAGAGAACCCAUACGGGAGAGAAACCGUACACAUGUCCUGAGUGUGGGAAAAGCUUCAGUCAGAGCUCUGGCCUUGUCACACAUCAGAGAAUCCACACAGGAGAGAAACCCUACACGUGCCUUGAGUGCGGGAAAAGCUUCAAUCGGAACUCAUUGCUGAUCAUGCAUCAUAGAAUCCACACAGGUGAGAGACCCUACACGUGCCUUGAGUGCGGGAAAAGCUUCGUUCGGAGCUCAUUGCUGAUCAUACAUGAGAGAAUUCACACUGAGGAGAGACCUUACAGAUGCCCUGAGUGCGGGAAAGCCUUCAUUUGUAGCUAUCAGCUUGUCUCACAUCGGAGAAUCCACACAGGAGAGAAACCCUACUCAUGCCCUGAGUGUGGGAAAAGCUUCACUGAUAGAUCACAGAUGAUCAAACAUAAGAGAAGACACCCAGGGGAGUCCCCCUACACAUGCCCUGAGUGUGGGAAAAGCUUCAGUUCACCCUCACACCUAAACGCACAUAAGACAAUUCACACAGGAGAGAGACCCUACACAUGUUCUGAGUGCGGGAAAAGUUUCCGUCGGAGAUCAAACCUUAUCGCACAUCAGAGAAUCCACACAGGGGAGACUCCCUAUAGCUGCCCUGAGUGUGGGAAAAGCUUCCGUCGGAACUCAGAGCUCAUCAUACAUCAGAGAAACCACACAGGAGAGACGCCCUACAAAUGCUCUGAAUGCGGGAAAAACUUCAAUCAGAGAGCAAACCUUAUCUCACAUCAGAGAAACCACACAGGAGAGAGACCCUACACAUGCUCUGAGUGUGGGAAAAGCUUCAUUCGGAAAGAAAGCCUUAUCACACAUCAGAGAAACCACACAGGAGAGAGACCCUACACAUGCUCUGAGUGCGGGAAAAGCUUCAUUCGGCGCUCAGCGCUUAAUAAACACCAGAGAAUCCACACUGGAGAGAGACCCUUCAGAUGCCCUCAGUGCGGUAAAGGCUUCACUUCUAGCUCACGGCUUGUCUCGCAUCAAAAAAUCCACACAGGAGAGAAGCCUUAG